AUGCCUGCUCUUUUCUUGUUACUUUUAUUGCUUUCUGUAUUUCUAAUCUCGUCUCUUCCUCAUUCUCAUCAUCAACAAGAAGAAUUGUUGUUCAGAUUCAAAGCUGUCAUUUCGAAGAAUGACACUUCUCUUGUAGACUGGACUCCCCUUCACCACUUCUGCAACUGCUCUGCCAUCACCUAUCAUUACAAUUCUCACUCUGUCUGUGCCAUCAAUUUAAGCCUAAUGAGUUUAGAUGGCACCAUCUCUCCCGUGCUCGGGAAUCUCUACUCUCUUCGAUCUCUUGAUUUGUCCAACAAUUACCUCACUGGUACAAUUCCACCUCAACUCAGCCAACUCCCAAAUCUAUGGAUACGCUCACUGUACGAUAAUCAAUUACAAGGGACCAUUCCACCGUCUCUGUCUGCUUGCCGCAAUUUGUAUUUUUUGGCACUCUCCUAUAACCAACUGCAUGGCACCAUUCCACCUGAGCUCAGUCUCCUCACAAGUUUGAAGUACCUCUACUUGGUCGUUAAUAGUCUCACAGGUACCAUUCCACCCUCUUUCAAAAAUCUGUCCACCUUAAUUGAAUUAGAUUUGGAAGGAAAUAAGAUCAAUGGCCCCAUCCCUAGUUCUUUAGGAAAUCUGUCAGCCUUGACUUAUUUGAACUUGGGACAAAACCAUCUCCAAGGCCCCACUCCUUCUGAACUGGGAAUGCUUACUAACAUAGUGGAGCUUGAAUUUUUUGAAAAUAAUCUAUCAGGCACCAUUCGUAGUUCUUUAACAAAUCUUUCAAAAUUUAAUCGAUUAGAUUUAUCUAUAAACUAG